AAAGCUACAGUUAUAUUACAGAGGCCAGCUACAAUAAUUGUAUUCCCAUAACUGCAUCAUACUCAAGAUUUCUGGUGUGUCAAAAGCAUCACAACGACUAUCAUAAAAACCAUUAGAAAACUGUAAAAGUGAACCGAAGUUGAGAGAAGCAUCGGGACCGUUCAUUGGUCACAGUGUAACUUGUUUGUGCGCCAUGGGAAUCGAAAAACUGCUGCCUUGCAGUGUCAAGAUCGCCAAGCAGAUUCAGAAGACCAAGUGCGAUGUGGUCUGCAUUAUCGAUCGUCAAGUGCCCACUGAAUUGGCCGAGUUAUUUAACGAAUUCCGUACAUUUGAUCAGGCUUUUGACAGUGUAGUCUCAUGCUUCAAAUCGCAUAAACUGGACUUGCCCAUCGUUUAUUCACCCGUACAAGAAUUAACUGAUUAUCACGAUGUGCGCACAUAUCAAAAAGCAGCGGCCAAGUCCAUGGAGCGCGCCAUUAAGGCUGGCUUUGAAUCACCCAUGCUGGUCGUGCCGACGAGCCAACGCUUCUCCAAUAGCGAACUUUGUACCGUACUCGGUGCUUUGGAUCAGUUAUACGUCCCAAUUCAACUGCGAGAGGAUAAACCGGCGGAGGCAAGACGAAUUAAGGAGCUUUCUAUUUUAAUUGAUACGCCUAAAGCUGAGUCUAUUUUAAAGGAAGCUUUAGUCUUGGAAUCAGGUCGAAGAAUAGCGCGUGAUAUUGGUGGGGGUGAUCCGGAGCGAAUGUCGCCAUUGCGCGUGGAAGUCUACAUUAACAAUGUACUCUCUUCAAUGAACAUGCAAAUAGUCCAAGAUGUUUAUGAGCUGCAAGAGGAGUAUCCACUUUUCGCUGCUGUCAAUCGCGCUGCAAAUCAAGUUCUCCGUCAUCGCGGUUGUAUCAUCUUUUUGGAGUAUGUGCCACCGAAGCCGGUACGCAAGACGCUCAUGCUGGUGGGUAAGGGAGUCACCUACGAUACCGGCGGUGCCGAUAUCAAAGCUGGUGGUGUAAUGGCUGGCAUGUCACGUGAUAAGUGUGGUGCAGCUGCUGUCGCUGGAUUUAUGCAGAUUGUCAAUGAGAAAAAGCCCGAUGAUGUGCAUGUUAUGGCCGCUCUAUGCAUGGUACGAAAUUCGGUAGGCGAGGAAUCAUAUGUCUCCGAUGAAAUUAUUACUUCUCGCGCUGGUGUACGCAUACGCGUUGGUAACACUGAUGCCGAAGGACGCAUGUGCAUGGCGGACGCUUUGUGUCUCUUCAAGGAGAAGGCUGUCGUAGGCAAACUGCCCGAUCCACAUCUUUUCACUAUUGCAACUUUGACUGGCCACGCUUGUAUUUCAGCUGGUGAUGGUUACUCCAUUGCCAUCGACAAUAGUGUGGCACAUAAGGAUGGACAUGCACGUUUGCUGCAAGCGACCGGCCAAGCUUUCGGUGAACCAUUCGAGGUAUCCGUGUUGCGUCCAGAUGAUUUCGACUUUAACAAAGGUAAAGUGAUUGGCGAAGACAUCGUACAGGCCAAUAAUGCGCCUUCGACACGCACGCCAAGAGGUCAUCAGAUUCCAGCCGCUUUUCUCAUUCAAGCCACUGGUUUGGGCAAACAUGGCGUCGAUUCGAAGUUUCCAAUCAAAUAUACUCACAUUGACAUCGCUGGUAGUGCUUGUGUAUUUCCAGAGAUGCCAACUGGUGCACCGAUUGUAGCACUGGCGAAAACCCAUUUGGAUACUUAAUCGUCCGCCUUGUAUUUGAACCCAUAGUGCGUUGAAUGUCUCUAUAUUUAAUUCUUUAUUUUAUAUUAAAUUGUACUUAUAACCGCAAAUAUGUAGAUAUGUAACUUUGUUACUCUACUUUACCACUACGAAAUACAGUCACAUUCUAAAAGUCAAGUACUGCCAAA